GAAUAUGACCAAAUUACCUGGCCCAUAUGAUACAUACAUACAUACAUAUAUUUCCUUCAUUCUUAAAUAUUUAUUUUUGCCCAUAGUACAUGCAUUUAUGUGACAAUACACAACAUGUUCAGAGUGAUAGCAAGAUGAUUUUGACUAAACACAAGAGAUAGGGAGAUGCAAAAUGUAGCUGCCUAUUACAAUUCACUCCACGGAAACAUACCAAAGAGCCUGAAUUUACUAGAUCUGCAUGAUUAUUUUGAUCUCGUGCAGGAUUUUUACACUAAAUCGAAGGCACAUAUGUAGCAGGAAAGCUGGACAAAAAUGAAUUUUAGUAUUGACUCGGGGGAUCAAAUCUCUCCAGCACCGCAAGAGUCAUCCCCUGCUUUCGUAAGCCAUCUCAUGAGCAUGGCCGAUUCCAUUUCAUCCAUUGUUCCAAGUGGUUUUGGUAGUUUUGGAGGUAAUCGGGUGUCAGGGAAGGAAGUGUUUUUCUGUUCGGACGUGCAGCUGUACUUUAUCUCCCCACCAGAGGAACAGAGGACAAUCAGCCCCCUACCAUUCCAACUCGUCACACUGAGAAUUGUCAUGUUAAACCCGAACAACCAAGUCGGUGGCCAACCUCCAGCCUAUAUCGAUGCUGAAAGCUGGUUCUACCCUCUGAUCCCUCUCCAGUCCCCCGUACUUAGGACGACCCAGGGUCACUAUAUCUUCCCAGAUGUGACCUCUAAUGCUUCAGGAGGUAGUGUGGGAAUCAUUCUCCCAAGUUCCGUGACUCCAGAAAUUCGUCACACUUUUGAAACACUGCUCCUCACUUUAUGCGGACUGACAAAUUUUCCUUCUGAAGAAACGACAAAUAUUUCAGAGUUAUUUCGAAGGGAUGCAAAUUCUACUACUAUGAAUAUUGUGACCACAAUUACAGACGGGAUGGUGGCUGUUGCCGAAAUCGCAUCAGAAGGAAUUUCGGAGGGUACGACGAAAACAGUUCAGCUGUUAAGUGAGGGGGUGAAUUAUGAAAAAAUGCAGCUGCCGCAGUCAGUCGACCCCGUCAUAAUCCCUCCAGCAGUGAAGGAGACUGUUGAAAGUGUGAUGGAGUACACGGGGAAAGUCGUGGCGCUCAGUAGCGUUGUUGCCAGAAUUAUAAUUUAAAGUCUCAAAAGUGGAAGAGGCUACGGCGAUUCUGACCACGUAUUUGGCCUCCUGUGUUCAGUCCUCUGCUACCUCAACGCUUUCAGUUCUGUCGGGGAAGAGUGAACUGGAGUCAGCCCAGUGCGUGAACAAAGUUCUUGAAGUGACCGGAAGCGUCAUGAACGGAAUCGGUACAAUAUAUUCUGGUUUACGUCAGUCUGGAAAAGUACUCGUCGACGCAAUUGCAAAUAACACGGUUCAACUUGUGGAGCACUGGUAAUUAAGCGAUGGUGACUUCUACUAGUAGGCAGUUGUUGAAAUAUGCGUUGUACAAUAAUGCAUACAGUUAUGGACCUGAGGCUGGUGAGAUUGCAGAUAAAGCUGCAACAGCCGUGACGAAUGUGACCACGCUUGGACUUCUCCACUCCACCACCAUUGAGCCCGACAAGGUUGCUUCACGGGUGGCAAAGGACACCGGAAAAGCCCUCCUGAAUCAGACUCCAGCCACCUUCAACCCGCAAGACAACGAGCGUCAAUAGUGUCGACAUUGGUCGUUCAGCCACAAACUGCAGUGAAUUAUAUCGCACAUGUAUUGGUGUCCCCCUUGUUAAACAAAAUGUACAUUACCAUUGAGAGAAUAAUGCCCAUCUAAUAGAAUCGUGCUAUAUACAGA